AUGAUUUGGGAGGUUUUGCUUGAGCCGAUUGAAAUGACAUGUGAACCAACCUAUCUUGUUAAUUUUGUGGAGUUAUAUAAUGUGUUGGCUUCCUUUCAAUCUCAUGAAGGAAGGGUACUUGGAUUAACAACUGUCACCUUUUCAUCCAAUCAUGAUGUUAGCUGUUUUGCACCAGAUAUCAACGUACCUUCUCAAUUCAUGAGGAAUUUAAUAGAUGAAAAUUCUUCAAGUGAGCUUCUAGAAGGAACUCAGAUUCAAGAUCCGUAUGAUCUCUUGGAAAUUAAACUAGUCGACUUCCAGAUAAACUUGUUUUUGCUAUUCUAUCCUACUUAUUAUUUUCCUAUUCUGGAAAACCUCAAUGCUUCUUCUGCUUUAGCAUUAUGCAUUGUUCCGGAUGAAUCAUUACUGAAAGCAAUGGAGUGGAGCUCCAAUGGUCCUCUACUAGAGAUUCUUAUGGGAAGCUUGUUGUUUCAUGGUAUCAUAACUGCAAAUGUGAUGGAAGGAUCGGUUGAUAGUGAGCUUCAAGUGAACUACAAUAACAUUCAUAAGGUAUUAUGGGAGCCUUUCCUUGAACCCUGGAAGUUCCAAGUAAGCUUAAGAAGAGAGCAAGGAAAAAGUGCCCUUCAAAACAACCCAUUCAUGACAGAUGUUCAUCUCGAGUCAACAAUGAAUCUCAAUAUCAAUGUUACAGAAUCCUUGAUUGAGGUCAUACUCACAAAUACAACAACAAUGCCAUUUGAAGUCAGAUUCGAUAUCCCAUUUGGUGUAUCUCCCAAGAUUCUGGACCCUGUAUAUCCAGGACACGAGUUUCCUCUUCCUCUACAUUUAGCAGAAUCAGGUCGGAUAAGAUGGCGUCCAUUAGGGAACACUUACCUAUGGAGUGAAGCUUAUAGCAUUUCCAAUAUUCUUUCUAAUGAAAGUAAGAUUGGACAUUUGAGGUCAUUUGUCUCCUACCUUAAUCUAAUCAUAUAG